GUUCUCUUCUGUCCUGUCCUCCUCGCUCCUCGUCGUCGUCCUCCGCCUCCGCCAUAGUGGCGAGCACGCCACCCGCCACGCCUCGCCCCCAAUCAUUCGCCUCCCCACCCCAACCUCUCUCCCUCGGCGCCGUUUAGCCGGGUGAUGACUAACGGGAUUAGUUAAUCCGGAGGCUUCGCCUGGCUCUCGCCCCCCCCCCCCCCCUACCGCCAGCCCGGGCUCGCGCUAACGGCAGCAGCGACAGCAACCCGCUGGCUAGCUAGUCUUCCCCACGAUCCGACGCCGCCACCGCCCCCCGGCCCAGCACACCUUUUCUUCUCUUGUGAAGCAAAAACCACCAAAGACCAGCCCAACAAAAUCUAGGGGUACUAUGGCUGUUUCAAUGAGGGAGGUGGAUUCUGUUUUUCAAGGCGUGGGUCAAAAAGAUGGAUUGGAAAUCUGGCGGAUUGAAAAGUUACAGGCUGUUCCUGUCCCCAAGGAGUCAUAUGGGAAGUUUUUCACAGGCGAUUCGUACAUAAUACUGAAGUCAACUGCCCUUAAAAAUGGUUCUUUUCGGCACGAUAUCCAUUAUUGGCUUGGUAAAGAUACCAGUCAGGAUGAGGCUGGUACAGCUGCAAUCAAGACUGUCGAACUGGAUGCUGCUCUUGGUGGACGCGCUGUUCAAUACCGUGAAGUACAGGGAAAUGAGACUGAGAAAUUUCUUUCGUAUUUUAAACCUUGUAUUAUACCAGAGGAAGGUGGGGUUGCAUCUGGUUUCAGGCAUACUGAAGUCAAUGAGCGGGAGCACAAAACACGAUUAUUUGUCUGCAGAGGAAAGCAUACAGUUCAUGUUAAAGAGGUUCCUUUUGCACGGUCAUCACUCAACCAUGAUGACAUAUUUAUUUUAGAUACAAAAUCUAAGAUAUUCCAAUUUAAUGGAUCAAAUUCAAGUAUUCAGGAGAGGGCUAAAGCCCUUGAAGUUGUGCAAUAUCUAAAAGAUACGAACCAUGAUGGUAAAUGCGAAGUAGCAGCAGUUGAGGAUGGAAAAUUGAUGGCAGACGUUGAUGCUGGUGAAUUCUGGGCUCUCUUUGGUGGAUUUGCUCCUUUGCCAAGAAAGCCAUUUUCUGAACUUAACGGGAAAGAUUCUGCUUCCACUUCUAAAUUGCUUUGUGUCAAUAAAGGCCAAGCGGCACCUAUUGAUUGUGAAAUUCUGACAAGAGAGCUACUAGAUUCAACAAAAUGUUACCUGCUAGACUGUGGUUCUGAAAUUUAUGCCUGGAUGGGUAGAGAAACAACUCUUGAAGAGAGGAAACGAGCAGGCUCUGCUGCUGAGGAAUUACUACGUGAAGGAAACCGGCCAAGAUCUCAUAUUAUUCGCCUCAUGGAAGGUUUUGAGACUGUUAUAUUCCGAUCAAAGUUCGAUAAAUGGCCCAAGAAAGCUGAUGCAGUUGUGUCGAAUGAAAGCAGAGGAAAAGUUGCAGCUCUUCUUAAGCGACAAGGAUUUAAUUUUAAGAGUCCAGCAAAAGCUGCUCCUGUAAAGCAAGAGCCUCAACCUCAGAUUGAUUGCACUGGCAAUUUACAGGUUUGGCGUGUCAAUGGUAGUGAAAAGACUUUCCUUUCGUUCUCUGAGCAAUGCAAGUUCUACAGUGGAGACUGCUAUAUCUUUCAAUACACCUACCCUGGUGAGAAUGGAGAUGAAUGUCUUAUUGGUACCUGGUUUGGGAAGAAGAGUGUUCAGGAGGAAAGGAGUGCAGCCACUUCACUUGCUGACAAGAUGAUCGAGUCUUUAAAAUUCCAGGCUGUUCUGGUUCGUGUUUAUGAAGGAAAGGAACCCAUUGAAUUUUUCCCGAUAUUUCAGAACUUGGUUAUAUACAAGGGUGGUACGAGUACUGGCUAUAAGAAAUUUGUCUCAGAAAAUGGCAUUGAAGAUGAUACCUAUUCAGAAAGUGGGGUUGCACUUUUCCGAGUUCAGGGAUCAGGGCCAGAGAAUAUGCAAGCUAUUCAAGUUGAUACGGCAGCAACAUCGCUGAACUCUGCUUAUUGUUACAUACUACAUGAUGGGGAUACAGUAUUUACAUGGGUCGGUAAUCUUAGCUCAUCAAUGGACCAAGAGCUUGCUGAGAGGCAGCUAGAUGUGAUCAAGCCAAAUCUACAGUCCAGAUUGCUCAAAGAAGGAUCUGAAUAUGAUCAGUUUUGGAAGUUACUAGGAGUCAAGUCAGAGUACUCCAGCCAGAAGAUUGUGAGAGAUCAAGAAAGUGACCCGCAUUUAUUUGCUUGUACAUUUUCAAAGGGGGUGCUUAAGGUUAGAGAAAUAUUUAACUUCACUCAAGAUGAUCUGAUGACGGAGGACAUAUUUAUUUUGGACUGUCAUUCAUGCGUCUUUGUAUGGGUUGGACAACGUGUGGACACAAAAAUUCGAGCACAAGCUUUGAACAUUGGAGAGAAAUUUCUAGAACUUGACAUUCUAAUGGAGAAUGUAUCAUGCGAAACACCACUAUAUGUCAUCACUGAAGGAAGUGAACCCCAAUAUUACACCAGGUUCUUCACUUGGGAUUUUGCAAAAUCAGCAAUGCAUGGUAACUCAUUUGAAAGGAAGCUAUCUAUUGUCAAAGAUGGAGUGAAGCCAAGAGCAGAUAAACCAAAACGAAGGCCAACAACAUCAGCACACACUGGAAGAUCUAGUGUACCUGAUAAAUCUCAACGUUCCAGAAGUAUGUCAUUCAGCCCUGAUCGUGUAAGAGUCAGAGGAAGGUCGCCUGCUUUCAACGCAUUGGCUGCUAACUUUGAGAACCCAAAUGCCCGAAACCUGUCAACUCCUCCACCAGUUGUUAGAAAACAGCUUCCGAAGCCAGUAUCCCCUGAAUCUUCAAAGCCACCUCCAAGGACUGCUUCAAUCGCUGCGAUUUCGGCUUCUUUUGAGCGCCCUAAGGCAACUCUAAUACCAAAGUCAAUUAAAGCGAGCCCUGAUGCAAACAAGCCCCAAACUGAAGCAAGCAAACCUAAACCAGAGACAAAUGCCAAGGAAAGUAACCCUACAAAGGAUAACCCAGCUGCAACUCCAACAGUACAGGAAGAUGUAAAGGAGAGUCAGGCGGAGGGUGAAGAAGGGCUUCUUGCAUACCCAUAUGACCGCUUGAGGACAUCUUCCACCAAUCCUGCCACAGACAUUGAUGUAACCAAGCGAGAGAUAUAUCUGUCUUCAACAGAGUUCAGAGAAAGGUUUGGAAUGACAAAGGAGGCUUUUGCGAAGCUACCGAAGUGGAAGCAGAAUAGGCUCAAGAUUGCUCUUCAGCUGUUCUGAAAUCUGCUACUGUCAAACAGCUCGUGUUUUCAUUGCUUAGUCGAAGCACAACGACGUGACUGGUUUUCAAAGGUAAAACCAAUUUUUUCAGCCACAUGCAAUUCGCGAUUGCCCGCUGUCACUGCAGCAGCAGUAUGAGUUGUCGUAAGUGUAGCCUACCAGGGUCAAGGGGCCCUAGGUAGGUUUUGGAGGGGCAAGUCCAGUGAGUUUUUAGCUGCUCAUGCUCCUGAAUCGUGUUCUUCGCUGACAAUUUUCAUGUGCAAUGACUUGUGUGCUGGAUCGCUGCAUUGGCGAUCGGUCACUCCAAUUCUUUCCUACCUCACAGGUUUGUUUGUGAGCUUGCAAGCCUUCUUUUCCCUGUGAAGCCUCAUAUUUGUUCUAUUUUUUCUAAAAAAGGUAGAGUCCCAAUAUAAUAAGGGAUAUAUAUGAUGUAAUUUAGACAACAGAGAAUAUGUUGUACAAAAAAGUUUGUAAAAUAUUGUUCCCCGCUGUUGUUUUGUACUUGCAGUUUGUUUCCGUAACAGAUCAUUGCUUGUAAUUUUUUUCUAGAUAUAUAUGUUGUCUCA